AAAAGUCCCAAAUUCUGCCGGAGAAAAUCAACUCUCCUGUCCAGACCGACAUCAACAACCCAAGGUAUAUACGACAAAUCGGCACAAUGGCGGAUAGUGGCAUGAUCCUGAAUUUUGACAUCGGUGCUGCCGGCCCGGUAAAACAGAAGGUCAAGUUCUCCGGCGGUCGCUGGAGGGACCGAGUGCACGCCCAGCGCAGCGAAAAGAAGGGCCAUCGCGAGAAAUCAUGGGACGGCGCAAAUGGAACCCCUCUGGACAAGACUCGCGACAACAAUAACGAUCAUGGCAGGCCUGCAAAGCGGCUGAGAACAUCCGGCGAGGACUCAAAUGGUCACCGAUCGAGGCCAGCCACGGACUCCAAAUCCCUCUCGUACAUGACGGGAAAGCUGCCUCCGGGAAGCAUCACCUCGAGACUCUUUACGUCGAAUCCCGCACAGAAAACCGUCUUUGAGGAUCCCGUCGAGGAAGCCGAGCCCGCGAAACCGUCCAAUGCCCCAUUGUCAGAAGAAGCAGAGAACUUCCUCAAGCUGGGUCUGUCGAGGCGCAUUGCCCAGCAUCUGUCAAGCAAAUUAGAGAUGAAGGCACCGACAUCCAUACAAAAGAAUACGAUCCCCCCAUUAGUAAAAGAUGAUAGCGACGCAUUUUUGCAGGCCGAAACCGGUUCCGGAAAAACCCUCGCAUAUCUCCUGCCCAUCGUGCAGCGCAUAAUGGCGCUCAGCCACAAUGAAGACGGGACGCCUACUGGCACCAAAAUACAUAGAAACUCAGGCCUGUUCGCCAUCGUCUUGGCGCCGACGAGAGAAUUGUGCAAGCAGAUUGCGGCUGUUUUGGAGAAGCUUCUGCGUUGCGCGCCCUGGCUCGUGAGCACGACAGUAAUCGGUGGUGAGAGUAAGAAAUCCGAAAAAGCCCGAUUACGGAAAGGCGUCAACAUCCUAAUUGCGACACCGGGUCGUCUGACCGAUCAUCUGGAUCAUACCAAAGUCUUAGACGUCGGGACUGUGCGAUGGCUGGUGCUAGACGAGGGCGAUCGCCUCAUGGAGAUGGGGUUUGAAGAUGAGCUGAAGACAGUUGUCGGAAAAAUCAGGGAAGAAGGGUUGAAGAAGCAGAACGAGGAGGGUGUCAAGCUGGAUGCGCUACCGCAAAGGCGUGUGACCGUCCUGUGUUCGGCUACCAUGAAGAUGGAUGUCCAAAAAUUGGGCGAGAUUUCUCUUCACGAUGCCGUCCAUAUUACUGCCACCAAGUCGGAUCACGAUGGUGAUGACGAGGUCAACGACUCCGUUUUCUCUGCUCCGGCUCAACUGAAGCAAACAUAUGUCAUCGCGGCCGCCAAACCGAGACUUGUUACGCUGUUGGCCCUUCUCAAGUCAACAUUUGCACGAAAAGGUUCUGUGAUGAAAGCGAUUAUCUUCAUUGCUUGUGCUGAUUCCGUCGACUUUCACUUCGACCUCCUGCGCGCACUCCCAGUGGCUUCAUCGAACGAGGACAAGUCGCGCACAGUAAACACUGUUGCAGAGGCCGCCUACAUCACUUCGCCGGCAAACCCCGCGAUCACGUUAUUUAAGCUUCAUGGAUCGCUACAACAACCAGUUCGGACAGCCACCCUCGAUGCUUUCAAAGCCGAGGAGAACCCUUCUGUUUUGAUCACUACCGAUAUUUCAUCUCGAGGUCUUGAUGUUCCGGCUGUUGAUCUAGUCAUUGAGUACGACCCUGCCUUUAGCAGCGCCGAUCACGUUCACCGCAUGGGUAGAACCGCGCGUGCAGGGCGCACUGGAAAGGCUGUGCUCUUCUUGCAGCCAGGAUGCGAGGAGGGAUACAUCGCUCACCUGAAUGCUGCCAACAUGACUGGGCAGUCGUCGGACAAAAUCAUCGAAAAGGGUUUCAUGACCCCAAUUACCCUACCCAAGGCCAAGCCGACUGAUGAUAACCCACCGAUUCUUGAAAGCGAGAAAUCGCCAUUCAAGCGCGCCGAGGCUUUGCAGCUGCAUAUCGAACAAAGGCUGCUCGAAUCGGAAAAAAGCGGUAGCAAGCUUCUUGACUCGGCACGUCAGGCUUUCCGGUCGUACAUCAGGGCAUAUGCAACCCACAUAAAAGAGGAGCGGGUAUUCUUCGAUAUCGCACAGCUGCAUCUCGGUCACACAGCAAAGAGUUUUGGUCUGCGUGAGGCACCUGGCGGUAUUGGCGGCGGCCCAACGAGACGUGUCAUCAGGGGUGGCCAACAGAAGUCUGGGAAGCGGAAGGCUGCUGGCGACGACAAAGCUGCUGCGCCAAGCAGCAGAGGAGUCGACAGGGAAGAACUUGGUGAGGCUGAUGAGGAUGCUGCCAGGCGUAUGCGCAUGAAGAUGAAGGUGGCGAUGAACGCAGCUAGCGAGUUCAACAUUGGCUAA